AUGGUGAAUGGAAUCUUUAAUAGUGGCAGAGCAUCUGUCGAUUUUAAUUACCGUCCUGGUAUGCAUCGGUUUGCAGAUCCUUCAAUGACCAGUGACAGAAUAAUGCUAGGAAGAAGUCCAGGAGCUGGUUUCGGAGGCAUGUAUUUAAUGUCAGGUACAUCAGAAAUUUCUGCUUUAACAACACCUUCACAAUCCACAAAAACAUCUUUUGAUUCGAUUGGAAAAAUUUGGAUUAAUUUAAUUGAAGCAAGAAAACUUUUGGCAGCUGACGUGAAUGGAACCUCAGAUCCUUUGACUACUCGAGUAACAGGUGAACUUCAUUUGCAACUCAAAUUUUUACCAAACAAUGCACGUCAAGCCAUAAUGUCACCAAUCACGCCAAUUCCAACUUAUUCGGAUACUGAUUUAUCCAGUGAACGAUCCACCGAUUAUAUGGAACAAGUAGAUGAUCUGGGAGCCAAUUUUUCAAUGAAUACUGAAAAAAUGUUGAGUGACAUUCAUUCAGCUCGUUAUUUACAUUCAUUUAUGAAGGAGCAAUUUUGUGAGGAAUGUUUGGAAUUCAUUUAUGCAGUGGAACAAUUUAGGAAAAUUUAUAAAAAUCGACAAGUGGAUCCAAAAGAAUUGAAGAAGGUUGCAUUUGUAGUUUAUGAGAGAUUUUUACAAUUUGGAAGUCCACAGGAGGUUGCAAUUCCGUUCAUGAUUAGAGUAGAGCUACAGGACUUUUUUGAGAACAAAUUGGAAGAUGAGACGUCUAAUAUAUUGUCGGUUUUAACAAUUGACGUGUUCGAUGAGGCUCACUCGAUCAUUCUUCACAUGAUUAAGAGUGACAUUAUUCCAAGAUUCAUGUACUCUCAUCAGUAUAAGAAUUGGAGUUACUCUCUCGAUUGGUCUCUCCAAUUCCGAAUGAUGGAAGAAAAGAGGAGAAAGCAAAGUUUGACCUAUCUCAUUGAAAUGAUGGAUGAGAAGAGUUUGCAAUUUUUAAAGAAGAGAAUUAUUGAGAGACAAAAGAAAAAGAAUUCCUCCAAUAGUACUUCUUGUAAUUCUGCAUUUGAUGAUUGUGAUUCGGAUGAGGAAGGAAUUUUGGAAGAAUUGAAUUUGAGUGAUUUCAAAUCAACUAAAUUUUCCUCAACCCAACAAGCUCAACAGGGCCAACAACAACCAACAAUUGAUAUGGGAGAGUUUGUUUUAACCUUGUAA